ACGAGAACGCAGGAAAAAAUUGUAUUCCUCGAGCAGUCAGGAUAGUGAUAUCAACGUCGUUAAUUACCGAUGCUCAGUUUGAUUGGGGCGAACAUAACCUCGACAGUAAUUUAACAUACACGUACUUUCGAGCAUCUUACACUGCAUAUAAAACACAGAGAUCUAUUACACAAUGGCUGCCCGAUUAUUGAAAGAUCCGGCAACCAUCAACAGCAGAGUGUUUGUAGGUCACCUGCAGACCGAAGACAUGAACAAGCAUGAAUUGGAAGAGCAUUUUCAGAAGUAUGGCACCGUUGUUGGUUCUUUAAUUAACCGAGGGUUUGGUUUCGUGCAGUUUGAAGAUGAACAGUCAGCACUCAUCGCAAUACAGAAUGAAAAUGGAAGCAUGUUUAAGGGCAGACGAAUAGACGUCCGACCUGCUAAAAAGGAUGGCCAGACUGCGAGUAGUGGCGCUGCCGCAGGAGGGGGAGGACCCGGCAAUGUAGGGGUAGCCAGUGUUGGAACAUCCAGCGGUGGGGGAGGAUCUGACACCCAGGGUAACUUUCCACCACUGCAACCAGGAGGCAACAAUUCUUUCGGCAAUAACCAAUUCACAAGCCCCAAUGAUUCGUUCGCAAGUGGAAAUCAAGGCUUCAACAGUGGGCAGAACCAAAAUUUUCCUAAUGACCAAUUUGGAGGUGGUAAUCUAAGCCGAAACAACACCAAUGAACAAUAUCCAGGAUCUAAUCAAAAUUCCUUUGGAAUAAACCAGCCUCGGGGGGCUGGAAACGAUCAGUUUGGGGGGAAUCAAACAGGAAACCAAUCUCGGGGGGCCGUAAACGAUCAAUUUGGCAAUAUGAAUCAAAAUCGUGGGCCAGUCAAUCAAAAUCGUGCAGGUAAUGGUGACCAAUUUGUGGCUGAAAACCAAAAUCGGGGGAGUGGAGAACAAUUUGCUACUGGUCAUCAGAACCGAGGUUCGGGAAAUCAGAAUCGCGGUGCUGGGAGUGACCAAUUUGGAGGUGGAAAUGCUGGGAACCAAAACCUCAAUCGAGGAGGAGGCAACAUGUUUGGUGGUAAUAACCAAAGUAAUCAAGGAGAAAAUCAAGGUCAAGGCAGAAGGCCAAGAGGGAAUAGAGGUGGUAAAAAUAGAAAUAAAAACAGAGACAGUAGUGGUGGUGGAAUCGGAGGUGGGGGCGGUGGACUCGGAGUUGGUGUUACAACUGGUGGUAGUGGUGGUGUCAACUUUAGAGAUCGGAGUCCAUUAAGCAGAGGGAGCCACAAUGAAGAUAAAACAGGGCGUGAUUGGGAUCGUGGCAAACAGGGAGACAGGUCACUCUCUGGCGCAAUUGAUUACCAAUCCUCAGUUGCAGCCGAAAAGAACGAUUGCGAGAUCAUCGUGGUGAGCAAGGUUUUAACUGAGUAUGCGGAGGCGAUAGAAAUGAGGUUGAAGAAACUUGGUCUUACAGUGGAUUUAUUAUUUCCUAACGAAGAUGUCCCAUUGAGUCGUGUUCUUGGAAAUAUCGCUAGUCGUGGAUGUUUGUAUGCCGUUGUGGUCACGCAUAUAAAUCAAGAACACAGAUCUCUCACUCUUAAUAUCUUACACGGGCUACCUCAAGAACAUAGAAAUAUGCCCGUCGAAGAUGCGAUUGCUCUGAUAAACCAUGAUUUCACAAACUACAGAGCAGGAAGUUCACGCUCCGUACCAAUAAACGUACCACGUGCAACAGAUCGUCAUCCUGAUGCUGUACAAGUUUUACUGAACAUGUUAGCUGAUAACCGGCAGUUAACUGUUCUACAGUACGAUAGAGUUUUAAAGUACUUGGAAAUGAAACGUGAAGAGCAGGUCCAAAUUGAACUUGGAGAUGCAAAAGAUCUUGCAUCUGCCACACCUGUUGCAAGCGACCCAAAGCAGGCUGAACUUCAAUCUAGAAUUUUGAACAUCUUGAACAGUAACAAACCAAAUCUUAUUCCGGGAGCCGUGCCCAGCCCAGUUCCAGCUCCAACACCAGUCACACCAGCAAACUGGGCAGCUCCAACACCCGCACCAACUACAGCAGCCCCAAAUUCUGGAGUAACUCCGUCGCCGUUGCUCAAUGAUCCGACUGUACAAAAAGCACUGGACAGUCUUCUGCAAGGAAACUUGCUGAAAAGUAUUGGAGAUCAUCAACCCACCGCCACGACACCACUGUUUGCAGCUUUUCCCAAUAUCGGCCGUUUUUGAA